UUAGCCCUAAUCUCCAGACAAUCCUGAAUCCGCCACUGGUCACCAUGUCACAACUCACAAUACAUCUACAAUGGCUAGCUCAAACUUGAAAUAUGUUGCAUAGUUGCACUUGUGUGAGUUUAAUUUGAGUUGUGAUUCAUGCAUCCAUCUCCAUCAUCCCUUGCAAAAUAAUUUCCCCCAUCAUGUCAUGUGAUCCCCAUUGUUGCACCACCCACCGCGCGCGCGUCCCAUCACACACUCACUUAGCUCCCGUGCAACCGCACCCCCGGCCUUUAACCAAGCAGCGUACCGCGUCAUGCAUUUCCUUGCAUGCACCGGCCGGCCGACCAUGACACAAUUGACAUGAGAGAGCACCAACUGCUGCAACAGCAGGCCCAGGCCGCCGGCCCUAGCAGUACUAGCAGCUCGCUCUUCUUCCUCCGGAACCCGCUGGCCGCCGCCUCCCGCACGAUGCGCCGCGGCAUCAUCCGCGGCUUCUGCCACGGCGUCGCCUCCACCUCCACGCAGCACCACCAGCUCGCCCACGGCAGCAGCAUCCACGAAGAAGACGACCACCAGCAGCAGCGGCGGCAUCAUGCCGACGCCGCGUCGUCGUCCUUCCUGACCGUCCCGUCCUCCUGCGGCGGGGCCGAGACGGAGAGCGAGGCCCCGCAGCCACAGUUGACCCUGGAGCAGAUGAUCCUGCAGCUCGACCUGGAGGAGGCGAAGGCUGCCGCGGCAGCUCAUGCCAGGAAGGAGCGCCGCUGCAGCCACCACGCCGUCCCGCGCCGGAUGUCGUGCGUGGACCGCGGCAGCGCCGACCACGUGCUCCGGGACGCGCUCAGCCAGUACCCGCGCUUCUCCCUCGACGGCCGCGACGCCGCCGCGUGCCGGGCCUCCUUCAGCAGCUACCACGACGCCGCCGCCAUGGGCCUCGGGUGCGAGAUGGACUGGCGCCUGGAGGGGAAGAUGCCGAUGCCGGACACGGUGGGCGGGGAGAGCGUGGUGUGGUGCGAGACCGGCGUGGUGGCCAAGCUCAUGGGCCUGGAUUCCGUGCCCGUGCCCGUCAGGGCUCGGCCCAGGGGCGCCGUUGUUGGGGCCGGAAGGAGGAAGGCCCGCGGGCCGCCACCACCGGCGAAGACGACGACGGGCAGCGGCAUAAGGAAGGAGAUAAGGCCGAGGAGGAUGGGCAGGGAGGAGCUGGAGAAGGAGAGGCUCUUCAUGGCGCUGCAUGGCUACGGUUAUGGCUACGACGUCAUGGCCGAGGCGGGCGCGUGCCACGCUGGCGGCCAGCUGCGCACCGCGGUGGGCCCUACUGUCAGUCGGUUUGGCAGGGAAGGAGUAGGACAUGGCUGGGAGUUCCGGUUUCCUAGCUAAACAUGCGCCCCGUUUCUCUCUGUUGAAUUCUCCCGCUCCUGUUAGUAUUGUCGAACAUUUAAUUUACGAGGUCUUGAGCACGUUGGCGGGGGAAGUCGGAGUCGCUGGAGGAGUAUUUGUGUGAUGGCGACAACUUCUGUGUGGCAAACUCGACGGCUAUCUUUUUUCAGUUGCGUGCGUUGAGAGAGUGUGGGUGAGCCAAUGUGGUCUUUGAUGCGGUCAUUCAUGACAUUAUUACAGUCUUUGCCUUUUUCGUUAAUUAACUAGAAAAAUAUUUUUUUCUUAAUUAAUGGAUCGACUAACCUUAGAAGAUAUGGUCUCUAUACUUAGAUGUUGUACUCCAUUUGAUGGGUAUUAAUUGUACUCCAUGGAGAAUGGCUCGGAUUUCACACCCAAUUGUGGGCUAUUUUGGGUUUUAAGUUGGUAGGCUAAGUUGCGGACUGAAUGAUGGCACACAUUUCCUUCAAAAACAAGUAUGGAAGACAUGACACACUUAUUCGGUUAUUUGGCAUACGCCGGGGGGUGCAUGUAAAUGUAGGUGCUUUUUUACUAUGAUACAAGAGUUGGGUGGUAUUUUUGUUUGGGUAUGUAA